AUGGCAGCUUCCAAGAUGCGCGUUGUGGACAUCCACACGCACAUGUAUCCGCCAUCUUACAUCAAGAUUCUCGAAUCUCGCACCACAAUCCCUCUCGUCCGCACGUUUCCGCAGACACCAGAGCCGCGCCUGAUACUCCUCGAAGCUGAACUGAAGGCGCUCGAGGAAGCCACCAAUGAUCCGACAGCUAAGCCUCCUGGACGGCCGCUCACUUCUCACUUCGCAUCACUCGCUCAGAAAAUCCACUUCAUGGACACCCAUGGCAUCGACAUUUCGGUAAUAUCCCUGGCUAAUCCAUGGCUCGACUUCCUCAGCGCAUCUGAAUCGGGAAAGAUUGGGGAGUCAGUCAACCAAGAGUUCUCGCGCAUGUGUAGCGAGCAUCCCGGGCGCUUGUUCUUCUUUGCGACAUUGCCCCUGACUGCGCCUCUGGAGACGGUGCUCGCCGCGAUAUCCCAUGUGCAGAGCCUUCAAUAUUGCAGAGGCAUCAUCCUCGGCACCUCAGGUCUGGGCAAGGGACUUGACGAUCCUGCUUUGCUGCCAAUAUUCGAAGCUUUGGCGGCGGCAAACCUGGCCAUAUUCCUGCAUCCGCACUAUGGACUGCCCAACGAAGUUUGGGGGCCCAGAGCCAGCGCAGAGUACGGCCACGUUCUGCCCCUUGCCUUGGGCUUUCCCAUGGAAACCACCAUCGCAGUGGCGCGGAUGUACCUGUCCGGCGUGUUUGACAAAGUACGGGAUCUGAGAAUGAUAUUGGCCCACAGCGGAGGGACUCUGCCCUUCUUAGCAGGCAGGAUUGAAAGCUGCAUCAUGCAUGAUGGACAGCUGGUCAGGGAGGGCAAGGCCGGUAAGGGUCGGCGAACAAUCUGGGAUGUCUUGAAGGAGCAAAUCUACCUCGACGCCGUCAUUUAUUCCGAGGUUGGGCUCAAGGCAGCAAUAGACGCCAGCGGUGCUGAUAGGUUGAUGUUUGGAACCGACCAUCCCUUCUUCCCCCCUCUCGAAACUGAUGAGCAAGGAGAGUGGGAGAGCGUGAGCUUGAAUGCCGACGCGGUGACCAAGGCUGUUGGCGAAGGGUCGGGGGAGGCAAAGGCCAUCAUGGGAGGCAAUGCUAUAAGGAUCCUUCGACUUGACCAAAACGUUUGA